AUGGCCGUCUUCAGAGAAGAACCGCCGCUGGAGCGCGGGUGGCGUAAAGCCAAAGAAGGAACACCCGGCCCCCCGAAGGUGCCCCUGCGCCAGGAGGUGGUGAGCAUCAACGGGCAGCGGCGCGGCCAGCGGAUCGUGGUGCCCGUCAAGAAGCUUUUCGCCCGGGAGAAGAGGCCCUACGGACUGGGGAUGGUCGGCAAGCUGACCAACCGCACGUACCGCAAGCGCAUCGACAGCUACGUGAAGAGACAGAUAGAAGACAUGGACGACCACAGGCCUUUUUUUACCUACUGGAUCACCUUUGUCCACUUGCUCAUCACGGUCCUGGCGCUCUGCAUCUACGGCAUCGCACCGGUGGGCUUCUCCCAGCACGAGACCGUGGAUUCUGUUUUAAGAAACAAAGGUGUGUACGAAAAUGUCAAGUUUGUGCAGCAGGAGAACUUCUGGAUCGGGCCGAGCUCGGAGGAUCUGAUCCACUUGGGGGCCAAAUACUCUCCGUGCAUGAGGCAGGACAAGCAAGUGCACGACUUCAUCAGGGAAAAACGAGCCAUCGAACGCAACUCGGCGUGCUGCGUGCGCAACGACCGCUCGGGCUGCGUGCAAACCUCAGAAGAAGAGUGCUCAAGCACUCUGGCUGUGUGGGUCAAGUGGCCGCGCCAUUCCAGCACGCCGCACUUAAACGCCAAAGACAGGCAGUAUGGUUCUGUCUGCCAUCAGGACCCCAGGAUCUGUGUGGAGCCGGCCUCUGUCUCUCCUCACGAGUGGCCUGAUGACAUCACCAAGUGGCCUAUCUGCACCAGGUACACCACAGGGAACCACACCAACCUGCCUCACAUCGACUGCACCAUCACAGGACGACCUUGCUGCAUCGGCACCAAAGGAAGGUGUGAAAUCACAUCCCGGGAAUAUUGUGACUUCAUGAACGGUUACUUUCACGAAGAAGCCACUCUUUGCUCCCAAGUGCAUUGCAUGGACGACGUGUGCGGACUGCUGCCUUUCCUCAACCCUCAGAUCCCAGAUCAGUUCUACAGACUCUGGCUCUCUCUUUUCCUGCAUGCCGGAAUCCUCCACUGCUUGGUGUCGGUGGCGUUCCAGAUGACCAUCUUGAGGGACCUGGAGAAGCUGGCGGGUUGGCUGCGUAUUUCCAUUAUCUACAUCGUCAGCAUCACCGGCAACCUGGCCUCCGCCAUCUUCCUGCCCUACAGAGCAGAGGUGGGACCAGCAGGCUCCCAGUUUGGGAUCCUGGCCUGCUUGUUCGUGGAACUGUUCCAGAGCUGGCAGAUCCUGGCGCAGCCUUGGCGGGCCUUCACCAAGCUGCUGUGCGUGGUCCUCUUCCUCUUUGCCUUUGGUCUGUUGCCGUGGAUCGACAACUUCGCCCACAUCAGUGGUUUCGUGUCGGGCUUCUUCCUGUCCUUCGCCUUCCUGCCGUACAUCAGCUUCGGCCGCAUGGACCUGUACCGCAAGCGCUGCCAGAUCAUGGUCUUCCUGCUGGUGUUCCUGGGCCUGUUCUCGGGCCUGGCGGUGCUCUUCUACGUCUACCCCAUCACCUGCGAGUGGUGCGAGCUGCUCACCUGCAUCCCCUUCACAGACAAGUUCUGCGAGAAGUACGACCUCAACGCUCACCUCCACUAAGGCGGGCGCCACUCUGGCUCGAGAAGAGGAAGUUGUUGUACUGCGGCAAGUCCAAAGAAGGACCUCCUUCCUUUCCUUCAGACAGCCUGAGGACCUUUGAGGUGUCUGAAGUCCCGAGGUCUGCGCAGGUACGCCACAAACACGUCUUCCAGUUGUUUCCAUCGGGGGAAGAUCAGAGCCACUUGUGGAAAAUGUACUGGUCUGAAGAUUGAAGUCCAACUUUAGAAAUUCUGGGACUUUUUUCACAGGGUUCUAAUUUUUGGCCUUUAUUUUUUUCAGGGUUUGACCGUCAUUGUGAUUUUUAUUCCCUCUCAUAAGUUCUAGUGAAAAUAUUGUAAUAAAAUGUUUUUUUAAAUACCA